GGAACAGCGACCGACUUGGUCGUAAGCCUUCACCUCCUCCUCUUUCAACGCUUGAACGGCCUCAAAGUGCGAUUAUACGAAGAUGUCGACAGAAGAACUACGGACGGACGCGCAACAUGAAGACAAUGGCAUGCAACAAGACACGCCAACUGGCCCAGGAACGAAUCGCAAGCGUCCAAGGAUAGAUCUGACCUUGGAGCCUCGUGAACGUAAACGAGGCAAGACUAUGUUCGGACUUGUUCUCGGCACGCUGAACAAGGCCAGGACUGAGGAUAAAGAGCGAAAUGCCAGCGAUGCGGCGAAGAAGAGACAGUUGAUCGAACAGAGGUUACAGGAUAAGCUACGAAAAGAAACUGAUUCUGUCAGGAGAGCUGAAGAGGCCAAAAAGGACAAGACCUCGGCGAACAGGAAAGAAGAGGAGCUACAGCUGAAGGAUUCUAUACACAAGCUGAGGCGAAAACGACUACCAGUCCUUGCUAAUUUCCUAUCUACCGCCGAUCGUAUACCAUCGUCCCUUGAAGACAUCGACUCGCAAACUCCAAUGAGUACCCUUCUCGCUCAACACCCUCGUUCUCACCCACCAUCGCUCUACUAUCUUCCCGCGAUUCUCACGCCAGCCCAAGACGCAUUCUUGAAGCGUCGUAAAGCUGAGGUCCAAGAAGCAGCGGAGAAGGAAUGGGAAUCUUUCAAGGAGGAACGCAAGACAGGUAUUGAAGAAAUCACUCAAUUGCGCCAACGCGUCGCCGAAGAGGAAGCCCGCAAAAAGUCCGAACAGCAAACAACGACGUCUGAACAACCGUCACAGUCGCAGCAAGAGUCAAAUCGUGACGCUGAUGGUGGCGGCGCAGGGGAGGACGUUAAAAUGGCUGAGACGGAGUCACCUAGCAAGGAGGCUCCUGCAUCUGAGCCUACAUCUGCACCUGCGCCUGGUCCUACGGAGUCACAACCACCCCCGACUACGAACGGCGAUAAACCCGCCGAAGCAGAUAAGAAAGAUGAAGAAGAAGACGGGCCUCCAGGGUUGUCACCACCGAAAGAGAAUCUUGCUAUGGACGUGGAUGACAACGCCGCUAAAGUGGCAAAAGUGGAGGAGAAAGCCAAGAGUGGUUCUGCUUCGCCAAGGAAAGAGACUCUGGCAGCGACCGCACCUGCGGCCGCGGCAACGGACGAAGACGACGCGGUGGAGUAUUGAUACUGUCCUACUUCGUGAUGGUUGUAUUAUAGGACAAGGGAGUAUACAGUGCUUUGUGCUUUUUCCGUCGUUCUGUUUCUUUUUCUUCUUCUUGUACAUACCUGCUGUUAUUUCUUGCUGUCCGAUGGAUCUAGUCCGCUUCCACAUAUGUGUCUCGCCAUUGCCAGCGUGGAGCUUGCACUCGAGUACCAUACGCUUGAACAGUCGACUAUGCUAGGGUAUAUGAGAUGCUGUACGUACGUGCGAAAAUGGGAAGGUAUUAGAUACGGUAUACAAAAGGGAGAUACGCGAAUGAAUGU